AUGUACAAGCUUAGCAUCCAUAUGCCAAAGAAGCGCCAGGUAGAGAGUGACUCGUCUUCAGACGAAGGUGUGGUAGACGCAACACCUGUGAAGAAGUCCAAGAAUGGCGGCAAUCGUGUCAAAAAUGCCGAUGGAGAAGAGGAACGAAAUCGUGCUGUGGACAGCCCCUUGGGCCACCUAGAUCCAUCCCGAAUAACUCACAUGGUCGUUGAUCAAGUUGGUCUUGGAGGUCCAGCUGUUCAUCCGGAUAAUGACGGUUUUGUAGUACCCGGCCCACCCUAUCAGGUCAAGUUUCUUCCGAAGUAUAUAUUUUUUGGAACUUUUAAAUAA